GGGCGGGAUUCCGCCAGCCGCGGCUGCUGCUGGAGCCGGUGUCCGGGCUGGUGAUGGGGUUAAUUCCCUUUCGUAAGACUCUUACUUGCACCCACCCAGCCCCGCCGUCGCCCCGCCGCGCCGCGCUCCAGCCGCCUCCUCCUCAUUCUCAGUAACGCGGGCCACUGAAAGGUAUGAUAUAUUUGAUCCAAAACAGUCCAUUUCAGUCCAGGAAUCUACAGUGGUGACAAGGACAUGGGACUCCUCCUGCCAGAUUCCAUAUGGUUCAAGACAAUUGACAUCCUGGCUGACAACUGUGAAAAAGAACCUUGGAUUAUUUUAUUUUAUUUUUGUGGGACACCACAAUCUCAAAUCCAUAGGACGCAUCAGGCUUCAAGUUCCCUGUAGAAUUCUAAAAUAACCCUUGCUAAUGAGGAUGUCUGAUACUGUUACUGUAAAAAAUGAAACUGAAACAAUGAAGGAUUUGGAGGCAGAAGUGAAAGAUACAACAAGAGUUGAAAAUCUUAUAAAAUCAGAAAACUAUGGGAAGAUUUUGGCAGAGAAGAAUGAACGUUGUAUUGACAACAAUACUGAUUUGCAGCGGCCAUUGCAGUCAUUUGGACAGACAGGAAAAAGGUCUAAGUCAAGCUCAAAGUUAAAGCUAGUUCGGAGCCUUGCAGUGUGUGAAGAAUCUCCACCACCCCCUACAGCAGAGAUAUCCCAGGAGAACCAGGAGAAAAUUCAGAUCCAGUUAACACAAUCAUUUGAAAAAGAGGAGAAGCCCACAAAAGAUGAAGCAGAAAAAGAAAAAGCCAGUGAUAAGUUGCCCAGAAAAAUGUUAUCAAGAGAUUCCAGUCAAGAAUAUACUGAUUCAACUGGCAUAGAUCUACAUGAAUUUUUAGUAAAUACAUUAAAAAACAAUCCCAGUUAUUUGACCAAGGUCCUAUGGAACAUUGGGGUGGGGAUCAGGGACAGAAUGAUGCUGUUGAAAUUGGAACAAGAAAUUUUAGAUUUCAUUGGUAAUAAUGAGUCUCCACGUAAGAAAUUCCCCCCAAUGACGUCCUACCAUAGGAUGCUGUUACACAGAGUAGCCGCUUACUUUGGAUUAGACCACAAUGUUGACCAGAGUGGGAAGUCUGUCAUAGUAAACAAAACUAGCAAUACAAGAAUACCUGAUCAGAAAUUUAAUGAACAUAUUAAGGAUGAUAAAGGGGAAGACUUUCAGAAACGAUAUAUCCUCAAGAGAGAUAACUCUAGCUUUGACAAAGAUGAUAACCAGAUGAGAAUACGCUUGAAAGAUGACAGAAGAAGCAAAUCUAUAGAAGAAAGAGAAGAAGAGUACCAGAGAGCUAGAGACCGAAUAUUUUCCCAAGAUUCCCUGUGUUCCCAAGAGAAUUAUAUUAUUGACAAAAGAAUCCAAGACGAGGAUGCUAGUAGCACCCAGCAGAGACGCCAGAUAUUUAGAGUUAAUAAAGAUGCUUCAGGGAGAUCCACAAAUAGUCAUCAAAGCAGCACUGAGAAUGAUCUGAAGUACUCUGAACCCAGACCCUGGAGCAGCACAGAUUCAGACAGCUCUCUCCGAAACUUCAAGCCUGCUGUAACCAAAGCCAGCAGCUUCAGUGGAAUUUCAGUUCUGACAAGAGGUGAUAGUUCUGGAAGCAGCAAAAGCAUAGGCAGGCUUUCAAAAACAGGUUCUGAGUCUUCUGGUAGUGUAGGGUCAUCUACGGGCUCUCUCUCUCACAUCCAGCAGCCUCUUCCAGGUACAGCUUUCAGCCAGUCUUCUCAUGGCGCACCUGUCGUCUACCCAACUGUCAGCACUCAUAGUUCUCUUUCCUUUGAUGGUGGCCUAAAUGGGCAAGUCGCAUCUCCUAGCACUAGCUUCUUUUUGCUUCCCUUGGAAGCGACAGGCAUACCACCUGGCAGUAUUCUGAUCAACCCACAAACAGGUCAGCCGUUCAUAAACCCAGAUGGGAGUCCAGUUGUGUAUAAUCCUCCUAUGACUCAACAACCAGUUAGAACCCAAGUGCCUGGACCUCCACAGCCACCUCUGCCACCCCCACCACCUCAACAACAAGCAGCUAAUCACAUUUUCUCACAGCCUAUUCGUCCUCUGCAGUCCUCUUCACAGCCUGUUCAGUACUCUUCAGCCCCUUACCCAUCCCCGCUCCUGCCAGUCUCACCCACCCAGCAAUACUCCGUGCAGGAUACCCUUGGGUCUCAGUUUAGUCAUAUGAGUCUUGCCCGCCAGCCAUCUGCAGAUGGUUCUGACCCUCAUGCCACCAUGUUCCAGUCCACUGUUGUUCUUCAGUCCCCACAGCAGUCUGGUUAUAUCAUGACGGCAGCUCCUCCACCACCACCACCACCUCCGCCUCCUCCUCCUCCUCCUCCCCUACCACCUGGGCAGCCAGUCCCUACUGCUGGCUAUUCUGCCUCUGGUCAUCCUGUCAGCCAGCCUGUGCUCCAGCAGCAGGGGUUUAUUCAGCAGCCCUCUCCACAGAUGCCAGCCUGUUACUGUGCUCCAGGCCACUACCACUCCAGUCAACCUCAGUAUCGCCCAGUCCCUUCUGUCCAUUACAAUUCACAUCUAAACCAACCACUGCCACAGCCUGCACAGCAGACAGGUUAUCAAGUCAUGCCCAACCAGCAGCAGAACUACCAAGGACUAGUUGGAGUUCAGCAACCCCAGAGUCAGAGCCUAGUAGGCGGCCAGCCCAGUAGCAUUGGAAAUCAGAUUCAAGGAGUGGUCAUCCCCUAUCCUUCAGUGCCAUCAUAUCAGGUUUCACUGCCUCAAGUUUCUCAAGGAAUUGCCCAUCAGACUUAUCAACAGCCUGUUAUGUUCCCUAAUCAGCCUAAUCAAGGAUCUAUGCCCACAGCAGGAAUGCCAGUUUACUAUAGUGUCAUUCCACCUGGCCAACAAAAUAAUUUAAGCUCAUCAGUAGGUUACUUGCAACAUCCAGGAUCAGAACAAGUACAAUUUCCUCGAACUACUUCACCAUGCAAUUCCCAGCAGCUUCAAGGCCACCAGUGUGCAGCUAUGCCGCCUCCACCAACUGGUGGAAUGGUGAUGAUGCAGCUCAGUUUACCAAACAAUCCACAGUCUCGUGCCCAUUCACCCCCACAGUGGAAACAAAACAAAUAUUACUGUGAUCACCAGAGAGGACAGAAGUGUGUGGAAUUUAGCAGUGUAGACAAUAUUGUUCAGCACAGUCCUCAACUCAGUAGUCCCAUUAUUUCACCAGCUCAGUCACCAGCACCAGCUCAGCUGUCCUCCCUAAAAACUGUCCGUCCCUCUGGACCACCACUUUCCAUCAUACCCCAGUUUUCUAGACCCUUUGUUCCUGGGCAAGGAGAUGCCAGAUACCCGUUGCUUGGCCAGCCCCUGCAGUACAACCCUCCUGCUGUUCUGCAUGGACACAUUCCAGCCCAACAGGGUCAGUCUGGCAACAGGCACGGAAACCGAGGAAGGAAACAAGCUAAAAAAGCUGCAUCCACCGACCUUGGUGCAGGAGAAGCAGUUGUUGGGAAGGUCUUGGAAAUUACUGAACUGCCAGAUGGAAUAACUCGAAUGGAAGCUGAGAAGCUUUUUGGGGAACUCUUUAAAAUUGGCGCCAAGAUCCGGUGGCUCCGGGACCCCCAGUCUCAGCCCCAGCUUCGUCGUCACCCCCUCUGCUGUGGCAGCGGGGACAACACUGUUAACCCUGAACGCUCUAAACCUAGUGACUUGGCCUCCACAUACACCGUCUUAGCCACAUUCCCCUCCAUUUCAGCUGCGCAGAAUGCAUUGAAGAAACAAAUUAACUCGGUUAACAAGUUUAAGCUGAGAACGAGCAAGAAGCACUAUGACUUUCACAUUUUGGAAAGGGCAAGUUCUCAGUAACAGCCUCCAUGGACCUUUGACCUUUGUGAUUCCCCUGUCCUUGUCCAUCUUUAAUUGGCUUCGUACCUGGGGCUUCUAUUAAUAUGAUAGAGACUCCUAGGAUAUGUGGUUGUGGUGUUACAACUUAUGAAGACAGGCCAGUGAUCCAUCAGGGGGGAGGGAAUACACAUUUCACCCCAAAUGAUUAUAGAAAUCCACAUCAAAAUGAUACAGAGUUAGCAGCUUUUUCUGAGGAAAUGCUGUUCAAAUGCCUCCUAAAUUUUAUAGUUAUUUUGUUUUAUAUUUCUGAAUUCUUGUAUCAGAUCCAAAGCUCUAUUGUACAGCAAAUUAUUCUUCAAAAUGAUUACAACCAGUUGCAACCUGUAUUUUUUUUUUUUUUUUUUUCAGCCAGCACGGUUUGACCCACCAUAGAAUUUGGGGAGGAAAGAAUCCAGGAGUGGAAUAACCAAGAUGAAACCAUGUGCUGUCUUUUUGUGGGGCUGGAGAGUGACUAAGGAGAGCCCACAAAUAGAAGCUUAUUACUCUUCCCCUGUAUCUCCAAACACAGAAACAAAUUCUAGAAAAUAGAGAACUCCUUCAUAAGGUCCUUACUUUAUUCAUUUAGGUUGUAUGAACAUUAAGUGUAAGGUAAAUUAUGUUCUUAACGCCUCAAUCAAACCACUUAGAUUCAAAGGGGAAUAGAAUUACUCUAGGCAGGCAGAUACUUCCACUUUUUUUUUUAAGUGUCCCUUCAAUAACUAAAUGCCACUUUUGCAUUCCCCUCCUUGUGGAUUUUUUGUCACCCGAGGAAAUGCAUUUGAUCAGUGCUGGAAACUUCUUAAGUGGUUUAAAAUGUGUUUUCAUUGUUUGCAGCGGAUCACUGGACAUCGAAGAUUCAUUGCACUUAUGAACAAGGAAACUUUUUUUCAAUUUCUGUGUAAUUUGCAAGGCUGUACAAUGUGUGCUGAUGCAAGCAAGCCUUUUUCUGUUCAAGGAAUAAAUGUUUACAAGUGUA